ACGCCCAGGCUGUGAGAGACUGCCACACCCGCUCCGUCCUUCAUCGGCAAAGUUGACUCAUAACAAACUGCAACAGGACACCUCGCAGACGAGGUUUGCUGUGUCCGCACAUACCUGCUAACCUUAGCUAAAGCGAGACACAGCAAAAGUUAGCUUGGGAAGUUUACAACUUUAAGCGAACCUCGCUGGAAACUUCAGUCGCAGCGAAGGAAGGAGAGUUAGUGCCAACAUGUUGCGCUUGAGGAUUAUUUUACUUCUUUGUCUUGUUACCGGAGCAUUAACACAAGAUUUGUUUGACUUGUCCGAUGCUCUCGAUGAUGUCAAGCCAGCAACUCCGAAACCAGAGCAACCGAAGGCCCCAGAGAAGCCGAAAGAUGAUGGUGGCUUUGGAUUUAAUUUGGAUGAUGCUCUGGGUCCAGACACCCCAAAACCUGCCAAACCUACCGUGAAGCCACCAAAGAGCGGAGGAGGAGGUGGCUUUGAAUUUAAUUUGGAUGAUGCUCUGGGUCCAGACGCCAACCCUCCCAAACCUACUGUGAAGCCCCCAAAUCGUGGAGGAGGUGGUGAGGCGAACCCCGGCUAUAAUUCCCAUGGUGGUGCUGCUGACGAGCCUCAAGCAGCUGGAACUGGACAGAUUGCAGGGAUUGCCAGCGCCGUCGGAAUGGCCCUGUUGGGAGCAGCAUCCAGUUACUUUGCUUACCAGAAGAAAAAGCUGUGCUUCAAAGCGCAGGGAGGUGCGGAUCCAGAGAGGGGUAAAGUCCAUCAUGGUAACCAGUCUGACGGUACUCAAAUUUUCAGCAACCUGCUCCGGACGUCUUAGACACCCUUUGCACACGCACAACACAAGUCAGUGGCCUUCUCUCCAAAACUCAGCACCAUUCACCUUUAAGUCAACUGUCACGGCUCGUCUUUGCUCUGAACAAUGACAUUUCCUCUGGGUCUUCCUGUUACCUGUUAGUUUAAACCAUAUAUCAACUCAAGCCUAAGGUGACAACUGUAAACUGAAAAUACAUGUAAUUGUGUCAUAUAUUUCUCUGUACACUCCUGUCCAUUUCUUCAGUGAUGAUUUCAGCAGCUUUGUGUAUAUGUGCUUCGGUUGUGUGUUUCCUUACAUUUCUUUACACUAUAUGAACUACAGUGGUAUUUACAUGGGUGUGGUUUACUGCAUCAUACAACUCAAAUCAGGUGUUUGUUAGUUAAGAUUGUCUCCUGUGACCUUCUGAGCUGGUUGUAGCAGACCCGAUCCCAGCUGGCAUCUAAGAAGGAUCGGACAAAACUUUGGGAUUUUAAUUUGUCGCUUCGCACUUCCGAAAGGGUUUGUUCACACACAAAAACAAUCUGUGUUUUUUAGGUCUUGAGAUAUCUGUCCCUGCGAUUUCAGCCUCCAGCAUUUCUUUCUUUUUUUUGCUUGUCUGUGUGAACUGACCCGUUUUAAUGCACGCCUCAGAGUCUGCCUAAUCCAUGUACUGUCUAAAAAUAAAAGUAGAUAUUCAAAUAAAGACAAGGAGCGUAGCCAUCGAAAGUUCAUCGAAACAUCCAGCGGUAGUGGAGUCACUACCAUAGUGACUCACUAAAUGUGCAUUCCCACAGCAGUCAGUACAACAGUAAUGCCAUGUUUCUAUUUCUAUCACAGUAUUGUUUUCAUUCACUUGUUCACUCCAAACUCUUGUACUGCCAAUGAAACGCAAGACUUCCUGCAGAUGUUUCAAACUAAAAGCGUAUGAGGAAUAGGAGGGCGUUUGCCUUUUGAGCUGCUGAAGGCUGGAAGUAAUGAGUUUCAUUAAUUGAAGCUUAAAGGGAUGGUUCAGAUUUUUUUUGAAGUGGGGUUGUAUGGGGCACUUAUCCAUAAACAGUAUAUUAUAUACACACAUGAACCAAAAUUGUAGGUACCCAUCUGUUUGUUUCUUUUUAUUAGGAUCCCCAUUAGCACCAGCAAUAGCAUCAGCUAUUCUUCCUGGGGUCCAAGAAAGAAUGGUCACUGACAUAACUUGAAACUGACAAAAGUGAUAAUAAAUAAUAUUUUACUGAAAAUUAACCAAUGGAAAUCGGACAUUGCUUUAGAAUUGUGGUCCAAAAGAAUAAUUUUAAAAAUCAAACUAAUGAAACUGUCAAUGAAAGUGUCAGAAAGCAGUCACAGGUCACGGGUCCUCCAACAGGAUGAUGACCCAAAGCACACAGCUAAAAGCUUCUGAAGUGGCCUUCUGUGAGCCCUGAUCUAAAUCCUGUUGAACAUCUGUGGAAGGAGCUGAAACGUGGAGUCUGGGGAAGGCACCCUGAGACAGCUGGAGUGGGCCGAAAUACCUGCCGACAGGUGCAGAAGUCUUAUUGAGAGUUAGAUAAAUCCCUUGGUUGCAGUGAUUGCCUCAAAAGGUUGUCCAUUUUUGUCCAGGCCUGUUUCAUUAGUUUGUUUUUUCAAAUUAUUGUGGGAUUUUCUUUCUUUAACGGAAGGUACCAACAAUUUUGUCCAUGUGUGUACAGUAGAUGUCAGUGCACGGCUCCAGUUUGGAGAAGCAGACUGGAGUCUGACACGGGAGCUUAGCAAUGUACUGCGGUGGAUGGGGCCAGCAACAAAAUGUGUUUUAGUCACCUGAAACAAGUCCCACUUAAAAAAAAUCAAUCAAAAAAUCAGGGACUUUUUUGAGGUGGCUAAAAUGCAUUUUGUUGCUGACCCUCCACAACAGAUUGCUCAGCUUCCAUGUCGGACUCCAGCCUGCUUCUCCAAACAUCUACUGUGUGUAAUUUAAUGUCUAUGGAUAAGUACCCCAUACAACCCCACUUCAAAAAAUCAGAACUAUUCCUUUAACUAAAUCUUUUAAAUCUGCAAAAUGUGAGCUAUUGGAAACAAUUAGUGAUAUAUAACGUGACUGCUGAUUAAAAAAUGCUGUGGAAAUGCACAUUUUACUGAAUCUAUCAAGAAACCUGAGACUGCAUCGACAGAAAAUAGCAAAUGAAUACCUUAAACAUGGUUAAGUGUACUCAUAAAGGAGAUGAAAGUCCAAAUAAAGACCAGAUUUUCUCUGCAGUAAAGGUUCCAGACAGUAUUUGAGAAUGUACAGUUAUUCUUUUAUCUACAUCAUAACACAGCCAUGCUUCAGGUUGCGUUGACGUAAUCAUCAUGUAACUGGAUCUUAAUCCAGCAGAAGGAGCUUUUAAUGUAAAAUGCUGAUUGUGAUGUGAGCAGAUGGAAGUUAUGAAACACAAAGGAGAAGCUUACAUGUAUACAUCCAGUGAUGUGGUGGAAGUGAGAUCAUGAUCUUUUGUAUCACAUAUGUAAAUGUGAGCUACAGUGUAAGUCAGGCUUUUGUUUGUUGUCGUGUCACAGAUUGAUCCUAAGUGUGAAUACUGCAAAAUUCAUCAUGUCUCUAAUUUGAUUCCUUUUUUCUUCUUGAACACACCAUUUGCUUUUAUUGACAAACCCGCCGAUCAGGGAAACUCAGUUUGCUUUGCCUGGGGGCCACUUUUGAAAGAUGACAGGUGGCCAGGGGUCAGUCACAAAAGGUCACAGGUCAGGUGUACACAGGGGCCUCUCCAGGAUUUGAGGACAUUGGGGCUUAGCCCUGACCUCUGUUUUUAAAAAACAAGCACCCUGUCACAGGUCAGAUUUGACCCACGGGCCGCUAGUUGAGUAUCACCACCACAGAUCAUUAGCGUUUAGCAUCUAGCAGCUACAGAGGCAGAUGUUUUCCUCAGGAUUUGGUGAAGACCUGAUCCAAACUAGUAGACGUUCCUAUCUCAGCAGUGACACCUAUUAUCAAGUUAAAUGUUUCCACUGCCCCCUAGUGAUCAAAAAAAUAAUGAAUGUAGCUUUAAAACAAGUGAAACAUAAAACAAGCAAACUUUUUGUUGGAAACAAGUUGACACAUCUUUACCACACUGACAUAUUUGUUCCUGUUUGUUUUAAGAAAAUGAGUUCACGGAAUCAAUCAUAGACAGAAAUGAGUUUUUGCAGUCUGUGUAUUUUUGUAUUACCCGGCUUUGACGCUCUUUGUGCUUGCCGUAGCAGAGCAGCAGCCACGAGUCGCCCAUGAGUCAUCAGUUUAUUGGAGGAGCACAAUAAGUAUCAUAAAAUCCAAACUUGUUAUGAUGCUAAAAAAAGAGCUGUGCCCCUGUGAGCUGUAAAUACUUCAGUACAAUGUGUAUAAUGCCUGCUGACUUUUGCUUUAGGCUUGAUGCUGCAGUGCGCUUUGAGCUUUUUAGUAUCAACAUUUUGAAGUGUAUUUUGGAAGAUUUUUGUCAUGUCUUUGUUUUAAAAUGAUAGACUUAAUCCAGGUAUGUUAUAUCUGAUGAUGAGACAAAUGUUACUUUUGUGAGUGGAUUUAAAGUGUGUGUACAUGUUUUCACUAAAGUGGUGUUGUACAGUU